GGAUGCGCCCCCGCUCCUGGGUCUUGCCUUUUUCUCCUUCCGCAUAGCCCGGGUUUCCGCUUCCCUCCCAGGCGCGGGGUGAAGGAGCGGGGCGCGCCUCGGUCCCUGCCGCCGCCGCCGCCGCCGCCAUGUGGCCACCAGACCAGGAGCCCGACCCGGACCCGGACCCGGCCUCGGCGCGCGCCGGCCGCUCUCAGCCCGGCGCGGCGAUGCCGGGGCUCCGCGCCCUCCUGCCGGCGCGCGCCUUCCUCUGCUCGCUCAAAGGCCGCCUCCUGCUGGCCGAGUCGGGUCUCUCAUUCAUCACCUUUGUCUGCUAUGUGGCGUCCUCUGCAUCCGCCUUCCUCGCGGCGCCUCUGCUGGAGUUCCUGCUGGCCCUCUACUUCCUCUUUGCGGACGCGAUGCAGCUGAAUGACAAAUGGCAGGGCUUGUGCUGGCCCAUGAUGGACUUCCUGCGCUGUGUCACAGCCGCUCUCAUCUACUUCGCCAUCUCCAUCACAGCUGUCGCCAAGUACUCGGACGGGGCUUCCAAAGCAGCUGGGGUGUUUGGCUUCUUUGCCACCAUUGUGUUUGCAAUCGACUUCUACCUGAUCUUUAAUGAAGUGGCCAAAUUCCUCAAACAAGGGGACUCUGCAGAAGAGAACACAGCCGAUAAGGCAGAAGAAGAGAAUUCCGACUCUGACUCUGACUGAAGCCCUGCCCCGCCCCAACCACCCGAGCCCCAAAGGCCCCUACAGUCGUGCCUUCUGGCCGGGCACAGUCAAGACACAUGCGCUGGGAGAGAGGUGGUGACUUCUCCAGCAGCAGUGGGAGCUGCUGACGGAGCCGGCCUCCUCAUGGCUCCAAGGUGACAUGCCCAAGCCCGGCCUACCCAACAGCACCCCUCGGUUGAGCAGCGUCUAAUAACCACUGCACACACGGGGGCAUCGUGAAUAGUCUGCCAUGCCUCCUCAUUUCUGCCUCACAGACCUUAAGCCUUGUACACUCUCUGCCAAAAAUAAGCACAAGGGGACAGAGCUGAUGGAGUCUUGUCACCUCCGUCACCUGCAGCGGGGAGGGGGGUAAAAGUAGGACCAAAGCCACCAGAGGACCAACCUGCUAGGCCCCAGGGAUUUUUGGCUGCAUUUGGUGUCCCACUCAUGCCAGACACUUUGUCGAGAAUGAUCCUUGCAAGAUUCUUUUGUUCCAGGAGCACCAGUUCCCUCUUCAUUUGAAGCAGGAAGAAAACCGACCUUUGCUCUACUCUAGGAGCGAGCAGGUCACAGUGCCCAGAACAGGCACCUCACACGCUGGGGGGCCAUGUCUUCUCCGGGGGACCUGACAGUUGUAGAUCAGCUUACCAGGUCCAAGAUCCAGAUACCUAACCAUGAAAUAACUGACGGUUUCUGGGGGGCUGGGCAGGCCCGGCCAAACCCUCUUUCCCGGGGGCCCGCCAGCCGGCGAAGGGCUCUCGGGCACUCAGGAUGAGAGUCUCUCGACACCAGAGCAGGUCUCCUGAGUGCCUUUCGAGAGGUGAGAUGUGCCUUCUGCGUUCACCUGAGGAUAUGUGCUAUGUAUGUUCAAUGGGAUUUUGUAACUUUAUGUAAUUUGUUUUUUUUUUUUUUUUUUACACAAAAGUAGCUUUUUAAAUGGCAUUUCCUCUGACCCAAGAGGCCUCAUGAAUGAGCCAGAUCUGGACACAUGUCUUGGGCAUUUGUAAUCUUUGUUCUUCUCUUGCAUAUGAAAAAAGCCAUAAUGGAUUAAACCAGACUGACUCUGUGCUUGGACUGUAUGUGUUUGAAAACAACUCACACCACCCAGAGCAGUGCAGUCCAGUGUCCUGUUCAGCACAGAUGGCUCCUGUCGAUGGUGAGUCCGACAGCCCCGGGGCUCAGCUCCUGCUCCACAGCUCACACCCCGACGCAUCUGACGCAUGUGCUCUCCCUCACUCCUCACACAGUCCUGGUUCACAGUGCAGGAAACCGAAAGAAGGUUCUGGAGCUUGCCUUGCUCCCCGGAGCCCCUUUGAAGGGGCCCAGGGCCCUCUCACUUAGUGUCAGGGUAACGACCCACAGCACCUCUGAGGCAGCCACAACCUGGGGCUCUUGUGGUUUGGAAACUGGUUGCACACGGGACCUCAGAGUUGAAGCCUGGGAGGAUGCUGGGUCAGCAUCUGGCCUAGGCCUUCUGCUCCAGCUUUUGCACGUGUUCAAAAACCUGUCUGAAAGUUGGCGUGCAGAUGCCGAGAGGCGUGUAUGGCGGGAAUUUCUGCCCCACCUUGCCUGUGCAGGUAAGCCAGCCUCGCUGCCUGUUGACACCCACACCGUGGCCCCUCUCGUGGACGUGGACUGUGUUCCGCCUCUACCUCCGAGGCCUGUUUCAGGAACUGGGUCCACAGCCUUCGAAGGUACAGAGGGGAAGUGAGAGCGAGGACAGAGACAAUGCUACUUUUAUGUGUCCAUUUAUUAAACAAGUACUCCUUCAUGACAAUUUAAUACAAUAUUUAUUAGCGAUUAGUGUUGAGAAAAUUAUUUCCCUCUACAUACAAAAAUACAGAUUUGAACACUAUGAAAACGAUCAGGACAAGUACCAUGAAAAAUAGGUCCUUCAAAAGAAAUAAAGGGGCAAAACUGAGGGCAAUGUGAGGCUCUGUCUGCUGUCAGGGACAAACCGCCAGGAGCAAAGGCUUUGGGGUGCCAAAACCACUCCAAAUGGAUAGAGUCAAACCCACAAGCCAGAGUCUGAGAAGCCAGGAGACCCACCAACAGCAUAAACCGUCGUGUGCCACAUGGCAUCACCUCAGAAUGCCCACAGCUGUGUCCAAACUAACAAAGGAAAUAGAUUUUAAGAAGCAAAAUGUAAAAUGUUAAGUUAACAUUGCCCCCCAAAGUGCCACCGGGCCAAGUACCAAUGAGUAAAAUCAUAUUAGAGUUAUUAGCCAUCUGAUUUGACGUCCUUUGUUAAAAUAAUUACAUAUUCUGACCCUUCAAAGGGACAAAAGAGAAGCUAUAAUCUUACGUUUCCAUAAAUCCAUUCCUUCAUGUUGCAACGGCUCAGCUAGUUUACUCAAGAAUUUUCUUGACCAGACAGAACCCACAUCCUACAGGGGUGGGAAAGCCAAAGGAGCAGCUAGAGUGUAGCGAGUCUCAAUUUCACGAAGCUCCUCGCAGCAGGACAUCUAUUUUGUCCAGGCAGAAAAUCAGAAAAGGCCACGGAGUCCACCCUGCACAUCCGUAAACCAACGUGAGGUCCGAGGAGAAGGCCAGCCAGUGGAGGCUGCGCGGGCAGCCUGUCUCCUGCGGGCAGAGGGAAGCCAGCAGCAGGGCAGGAGCACUGGCCCGAGCCGGUCCUGGAAGACAUCCGGGCCCGAGAAGGCCCUCAGCCUCACCAGCCCCCAACAAUGGGGCUCUUCGCUGUUUUGGACCCAAAGAGGGGGGAGUCAGCACCACGGGUAUCCAUCCUUUUUUAUGAAACCACUUUCUCCUUUCUGCUUGAGGUGAGCAGUGGCUCUCUAACUGACCAAGUGGUUUAAAAAUGCCAGAUGCAGUUAUACUGAUUAAUAAUCAUUUCACAGAAAUAUACUCUUACUCUCAGACUUGAAAUAAGCAGAAAACAAGUUGCUGGGGAGAGAAAGCAGCAGAGAGGAGACAGGAAUAGCCAAGGUGGGUUUUUUUUUUUUUCUUUUUUAAAAUACGUAACGAAGUUUAAAGGGAUAAUGGCCAAACCUCAAAACCAUCAUUGCUAAAAGCAAUAUUAAAAGGACACAAUCUAAAAUCAUGCUA